AUGUGCUGUGGCAGCAGUACAGCUGUGCACGCCGAGGGGAAUAAGGCAAAGGAAGUCAAGUCGCCACAGGGUGUCCCUUUUUUGGUGCCGCGUCAAACGAUUGUGGAAACACAAGGUCAAAGUCAAACGAGGGAUUAUUUUUUCUCACCUUCCCUCGUCAGUGCUGGUGGGGUCUUGGUUUUUUUUGCCGAGAGUCACAUCAACGACACAAACCUUCAUGAGGAGCAUGCUUCGGUCGCUUAUGCUGAUGUUGUAGCGGGGUACGUUGACUCUGCGAAGAGCUGGUCGUCUUUUGUCGAUGAGGUAAGUGCAAACAAAUGGAAGGUGCAUAGUGUCUUCAACCGAGUCAUCCAAGUGGGUCAUGCAAGCCGCGCGAUUUACCCCACAGUAAUUGCAAAGGGCAACAAGGUCUUUCUACUUGCGGGAGGCUAUUAUCUGAAAAGUGAUCCUUCAUCGAAGCAGCGGAUUGAAGUCUCACGGGGUUUUGAUUUGCUUGUGGGUGAGGCCACGCAAGAUAAAGUCAUCCAAUGGAGUGAACCCACCUCGCUUUUGCCAAAGAUCGAACCAUCUGCUAAACAAGGUGGCCUGGACCAGUUUGUUAGUGCUGGUGGCUCAGGCGUUGUGAUGGAGGAUGGCACGCUUGUGUUUCCUAUGGUGGCAAGAAGGGAAAGAAACCACUUUGUCAUGAUCAUUUAUUCGAAGGACGACGGCAAAAAUUGGUUGCUUCCACUUGGGAUGCUCCCUGCAGAGUGCACAGACCCCCUCAUCGUUGAGUGGGAAAAGGGGCAGCUUCUCAUGAUUGCUGAUUUUAUGUUUGGCCGCAGGGUGUACGAGUCGAGGGACAUGGGGGCAACGUGGACGGAGGCUGUCGGGACACUCACACGCGUGCAGUCCAUGUUUUUUCCGCGCUCCUGGCGAAUAGCUGAGAGAGUGGAGUCCAUCACCACUGCGACCAUUGCUGGAAAGAAGGUCAUGCUGUACACUCAGAAAGGACUCCCCCCUGGGGAGAAGACGCGAGCCACCGCUCUCUACCUUUGGGUUGCUGACAACAGCCGCACGUUUCAC